CUAACUGGAUCACGAGCUCGCCUCCAAGAUGGCUCCGGUGCUUCUUAUUCUCUCCCGUCCCAGAUCCGCUUCGACGAUACACUCGGGGUGCACUUUCGCACAAGUAAAACCUCCUUGACUUCACCAUCCUCUGAGAUGGCCUUUCUGCCUUGAUCUGCGCGACUAGACUCCUGAAUCCCUUCCACUCUUUUCUUCAAGUCCGACUCACGUUGCCUCGGCUGACCACGCCCACGUCUCGUUCAAAUUUGGUCCCGGCGAGGUGCUAUAGCCCAGUCACCAUCAAUAUCCUAUUCCUUUCCCCCUGGUCUUUACCAUUGCGGUUCGCCCUCGCCCUCAUUUCGGUCUGGUACACUGCGAAUACCUCUGUCGCAGUACCUCCAACCUUUGCAACUUAGACCUCUACGAGCCCGUCCUCAUGACCAUAAUUCGCGCAAACUACCAAAAGCCCAAAUAGUUCUCGGUGCACAGUCAGAGAUGAACCACGUUCCUCGCGUUUCAAACCCUCAACAUGGCGUAUACAUUCAAGAUAUAUCCUCGAGAUGACAGUGUUACAGGCGCAGUCGGCGCAGGAAGCGGGAGUUGGCGUGAAAAUGCGUCUGAUGAAGACUUCAUUUUAGAGGCGUGGAGUCAGGGCUUUAUGGUUGGAUCACUCAUCAUCAUGGCAUGCAUUACCAUCGCCAACAUGCGGAGAGGAGUACUCCUUCAUAAACUCAUUUUGGUCGAGGUAAGUUGUCAAGUCUGUGCGCACUUCUCUACUCUCGCGAGGCUGACUUGCCCGUCUAUAGCAACUUGCAGCCUUGUCGCACGGUAAGCAUGGACCACCUGCCAUCCCUCCACGCCUGACCUAACAUUGGUCAGGAACCUUCUGCUUCAUGUCUUUUGACGGCUAUGGCUGGUAUUUGUCAUCCACCGCAGCAUUACUCUACUGCUCAUGGGUGGUACACAACGUUGUCGCCUGGAUGAAAAUCCGGCCAUUCUUCAUCGACUCCAGGUCUAUGUUCAAGCCAUCCACCGGCCUUUGGGUCAAAAGAAUCUAUUUAGGCACCCUCAUCUGCACCAUUCCUCCCAUCAUCCUCCAGAUCUAUAACAAUUUUCGAUUCUUCAACAAUAUCGACGAUUUCUACACCCGAGUUAGGCCCUACGAGCCCCUGUUUAGGGAUCCAUGGUGGGUCUUUACCUGUAUCGCUCUAUUCCACGUCAUCCGUAAGUGCUACGGGACUGGUGUCUUUGAGUUGAUCAAACGCUCCCCUCGCUUCGGCAUCUUACUCGGCGCCAUCAUCCUUUCGCUGAUAUUCACCGGUCUGGACAUUGUGGCCAGCAUACACAAUUUCAUCGGUUCCACUGAUGGGAUCAAUCCUUGGUGGAAACUCUCCCUCGUCUUCAAGUGUCUCACUGACACUAUCAUGUUGGACGAUUUCAAGACGGAAUUGAAGCGUUUGGGUAUCAAACGUAUGCACCAUGAUGAACAGCGCCGCCAAAGCCUUGCUCUUGCUCUUGACGACCCACGAAAAGAUGACGACGAUCAUCUUGAGUUCAGCGAUGCUCUCUACACGAACCCCGCCCGAUAUCAAAGCUCACACAACACCGACACGACCUUGACUCCAAGCCCAAGAGGGCGACCACGACCAGAUUCGGCCGAAUUUUCACCCCACCAGCCAGACCGCCAUGUUGGACGAUCUGGGAAGAAAAUAUCCAGACUUCCGGCUCUGAAGGACUUCAAGUUGGAUGCAUUCAGCUCUGGCAGAAAAAAGAAGAAAUCAAAAGAUGAAGAAACUCCCGAGAAUGGCGACAACGAUGCGCCUCUCGCCGCACCAGAAAGAUUAUCACAGAUGCGGCAGAGUCUUGGGGUAAUUGACACCGAUUCUCGAUGACGGAUUGUAUGACUACACUGGAAGGUAGUCCACCAGGUUUUUUGGAACCAAUGAUUGGGGAAUUUACGACUUUACGACCUGUAUCAACACCAAUUCAGGAUCUUUUCGACAGAAAUGAACAGGGCUUUGGGAUCAAUCUAAAAGGCGGAUUGGCUGGAACAUGGCGCUCCAGGUGCAUCCAAGUCUUGCUCUGACGAGAGGGAAUCCUGCCCCAUGUUCAUUGUCGACCUGUAUCUCUAAAAUUUAAAACUUAUUCUUCUGAUUGGCCUCG